GUCUCCACUAGGUGCGCCUCCCAACGCCCUGGCGUGGGCCGUGCCGUUUUGAAGAAUGAGAAUGUUUCAUUGAGCCUACGCCUCCUGAAUGCGGGAAGGCCACGGGAUGGUCCCAAGACUGUGCCAAGGCGUGCCAGGCCUCGGGUUCUUGAGGAGGAGCGAGGGCUCCAAGAACGCCCCUGGCGAAGCAGUGCCGCCUCCAGCCCAGAGAUGCCGCCAAGAUGCCCGAGAGUGCUUGGAAGUUUCUCUUCUACCUGGGCAGCUGGAGCUACAGUGCCUACCUGCUGUUUGGCACCGACUACCCCUUCUUCCAUGACCCACCAUCUGUCUUCUACGACUGGACACCGGGCAUGGCGGUGCCACAGGACAUUGCGGCCGCCUACCUGCUCCAGGGAAGCUUCUACGGCCACUCCAUCUACGCUACACUAUACAUGGACACCUGGCGCAAGGACUCGGUGGUCAUGCUGCUCCACCAUGUGGUCACUCUCAUCCUCAUCAUCUCCUCCUACGCCUUCAGGUACCACAAUGUGGGCAUCCUUGUGCUCUUCCUGCACGAUAUCAGUGACGUGCAGCUUGAGUUCACCAAGCUCAACAUUUACUUCAAGUCCCGCGGCGGCUCCUACCAUCGGCUGCAUGCCUUGGCAGCAGACCUGGGCUGCCUCAGCUUCGGCUUCAGCUGGUUCUGGUUCCGCCUCUACUGGUUCCCGCUCAAGGUCCUGUAUGCCACCAGUCACUGCAGUCUGCGCGCGGUGCCUGACAUCCCCUUCUACUUCUUCUUCAAUGCGCUCCUGCUGCUGCUCACCCUUAUGAACCUCUACUGGUUCCUGUACAUCGUGGCGUUUGCAGCCAAGGUGUUGACAGGCCAGGUGCGCGAGCUGAAGGACCUGCGGGAGUACGACACAGCCGAGGCCCAGAGCCUGAAGCCCAUCAAAGCCGAGUGAGUGUGGAGGGGCCCGCGCCCCGCGUUCCCUCCUUUAGUGUCACCCGCCUGAGCGUGCUCGUGGGCAGGCCCCCAAGACCCAGCAGCAGAUGAGGCCGACGCGGAUGCUGCCCCCCAAGCCUACUCCAAAACAGAGACUGCAAUAAAGGCGUGGAUGAUGUGGCCAGUACCCUGAAGGACAGGACAGUGAGGAAGGGGAGGGAGAGGCUGGGGAGGGGCAGGCAGGGCGACAGGCAGGGUCUCAGCAGUGGGGACAUUGAGGGCCAGGCCUAGUGGCUGGCGUGGCUGUAGUGGUGAGCUGGGGCCCCGUGGGUGGUGAGGAGUAGUUGUUGGUCAGGCUGGAUGACGACCUCUGACCCAUGCUGCCACUGGAGCUGGUGGCAGUGGGGCUGGGGAGGAAGGAACGCCAAGGGCUGCAGAGAGAGCCCAGGCUCCAUCUGGGCCGAGACAUCCUGGCCUCCAAGUCUGACAGGGGAGCCCAUUGCCCGACCAAACAGGAGCUGGGGCUGGGAGCUCAGACUCAGUCCAGCCCAGGAGGGAGUCCUGGGGAAGGAGACAGCCCACGAGCCUCACCAGCCCUGGGUGACAGCCAGAUGGUGUCCGAAGCCCCAGGCCUUGGGCGGGCAGGGAGUGCCUGGGCCAGGGAUGAACGGAGGCCGAAUUGGGUAACAAGCAGAGUCGGGGUGUGCAGUGUCUCAUAGGCAACGUGAGGAGUGUUUGAGCAGGAGCAGGGGCAGGAGGUUGUGGAAGGCCCUGGAAGGUGCUGACCAGCCAGGCCCUCUGAUUUGGCCAGUGGGGGCCAUCAGUGACCUGGGAACGAUGGUUUCAGGGAAGCAGUGGCUCAGAGCUCCAUGACGUUUUUUGGAACGGGAGGUGCGAGAUGCAGACAUUUAACACAUCCGGGGCUGUAGCCAGGCAGAGAAGCAUCAGACCCCCUACCCUGUUUGGAAGGGAGAACCCAUCAGAUUCGCCUUGGGUGUAGAUGAGACAGAAAUAAAAGAAUCAAAGACGACUCAAGA